GCUUACAAAAUGGCUCUACCUCAAAAAGACAACCAGUUAAAGCGAUGUUGUACAUUUUGGAAAAACGGACUUUAUUGGUCUAAUGGUCGUGGUGUAGGAUCACUGGUAGAGAUUGUGGAUGAGAGCCAGUAUGUACUAGUAAUGAUGUCCUUUAAAGAACACAUUAUGAUGUCAGUAGGAAGAGAUGUGAUAGGAGAGGUAAUGAGUGUUUAUAAAGAAUCCUGUCCCAGUCUAGAGGUAAAAGAGUUAGUUAUUGAUCCUAAAGAACUAGCCUAUCCUGUGAAUACACCAAGAGAAAGGACAGUGUAUAGUGUAAAAAAGAUACUGUCUGCUAUUGACAAGGGAGACGAUUGCUUAGUUCAUGAUAAUGGAACAAGUACAAGAUUGAAGGAGAUCCUACCUGAUGAAUCAUUAUCAGAUAUUAGUAACCUGUCACUAUUAGGAGGACGUGAUAUUAAGGGAGAUGGAGGAGUAAAGUGUAAUAAUAAUAAAGAUAAAGGAACAACAACCAACACUUCGAAUGAAUCUCAGGAACAUGGAAGUACUUCAAUAGAGAAAGGACAGUCUGAUAUUGAUGUACUUAAGGUCAAUGAUAAAGUUCAAGAAGCACAGACUGAUACACUGCUUGAGACAGCAAUUCAAAAUGAGGAACCAGCUACUAAUUACUCACCCACACAGAUCAGUGAGUACAAUGAUGAUCAACAAAAAGUUAUAUUGACUAUCAGGGAUCUGGUAGAUAUUUUACGAGUGUUAAAAGAUGGUUCCUUUCAAACUAUCAAAUGGUUUGAUCUUGGUCUCUACUUGGGUCUGAUUCAUAAUGAUCUCAAGGUUAUUGAGACUAACUAUCCACGAGAUGCUGAGCGAUGUCUUAGAGAAUGUUUAGCAAAAUGGCUUACAGAUGAUAUUGAAGCAACAUGGAACAAACUAGCUAUUGCUGUAGGUGAAGUAGGAGAGACAUCAGUUGCUGAAUAUAUACAUGAUGUACAUUUAUUUCCUUGAGAGGUCCAACAGUGCUAAGAUGACAUUAAGUAGAGCAAGAGAACUGUUUCCUAUUGAAGUAAUCAUUAAUGAAUAUACUGAUUGAUACUGAUACACACUGAUUCAUACUUGAUUCACACUGAUUCUAUAUUGAUCCCUA